CACCGUUAUCGCGUUACUUCCCGUUUCGUCGUCUUCCGGAUCGCGGAACCAUGCGACAUCUCGCCGCCGCCGGUAUUCCGCGGUGUCCGAAACGCGUAGUCGCUCUGUCACCGCCGUCGUCACCGCCGUCACCGCCGUCACCUGCACGACCGUCCAGUUGCCACUUGUUGACGACCGCCGCGAAACUCGUCGCCGCCGAUGGGUCGCGGUUUUUUUUCUCGGCCGUUUUUCCCCCGCACCAACGUCGUAAUAGUCAUUAUCCGGAGGACAGUUUACGAUAAUAAUAAUGAUAAAUCGUUUUUAACAUUUUCGCGGUACGAUAAAACUCGCACGUCGCAACGCUUAUAAUAUUAUUGUAAAAUAAUAUUACACCGUUUCGCACUCGCUUUGUCGACUUGUCGCGGGCGGCGAGGUCGGCUAUCGACGGACGAGAGCGUGUCGUUUAAAUAUUAUAUUACACUUACUACGUUAAAUAUAUAAUAUAUAAACGCACACACAUAUAUAUAUAUAAUAUAUAUAUGGAGUUUCCGAGCAGGGACGCUAACCAGAGCGGCAGCGGGCUGUGGGAGUAUGGUGCGCUGGACAAUUGGCCAUGGCAAAAGUACCGGAUGAGGUACUCGCCCGAGGUGACGGUGCUGUUUUGCAUCGCGUACACGGCCGUGUUUGUCGUGGGCUUCGUGGGCAACAUGUCUGUGGUGCUGGUGGUGUACAAGAACGUGAGGAUGCAGUCAUCGCCCACCAACAUAUUCAUCGUCAACCUAGCCGUUGCCGAUCUGCUGGUCAUCGUCGUCUGCGUGCCGUUCACCCUCAUCGGCAGCAUCACCACCGAGUGGCGUUUGGGACUGGUCAUAUGCAAACUUGUGCCGUACUUUCAAGGAGUGUCUGUGAACGCAUCAAUAAACACGUUGAUGGCCAUUUCCGUGGAAAGGUGUUUGUCCAUUUGUUACCCCAUGAAUCCUGUGGGCAAAGGCGUCUGUAAACGAGUCGUGGCCAUCAUAUGGAUCAUUUCGCUCACAAUUACCAUGCCAUGGGCCAUAUACUUUGAUCUACAGCCCAUGGAGGAAGGCAGCGAUAAUCAGAUCUGCCUGGAAUCGUGGCCGACCGUGGAGAGCGGCAACCUGUACUUCGUGUUGGCCAACCUGGUGCUGUGCUACAUGCUGCCGCUGACGGUGAUCGCGGUGUGCUACAUGUUCAUCUGGCAAAAGGUGAGCCGGCGCAAGGUGCCCGGCGAGCCCAUGCACAACGGCGCCAACAUGGUGCAGCGGUCCAAGAUGAAGGUGAUCACCAUGAUCAUGUACGUGGUGGUGCUGUUCGCGGUGUCGUGGCUGCCGCUGUACGUGGCGUUCUCGCUGAUCAAGUUCUGGCCGCUGCCGCCGGCCGUCGAGAGCUACACGGUCGCCUCGCUGCCGGUCGCGCAGUGGCUGGGCGCCGCCAACUCGUCCAUCAACCCGCUGCUGUACGCCAUCUUCAACCACCGGUUCCGGGACGGUUACCGGGCCCUGUUGUCCGGCAAGAUAUGCCAAGCGUUCGACUACAGCAACUCGGUGAGGUAUCUGCGCGGCGGCCGGGCCGGUACCGCGGCCGCGUUCAAGCGCAACAACAACAACAACAACAACUACGACAACGGCGGCCGCGACCGAAACCGCAAGACCAUCGGCGCCAUAUACGUGCACGCCGCGCGCGACGACGACCGGCGGGCUCGGCAGAAGCAGCAGCGACCGGUCCAGCAACUGCAGCCGCCGCCGCCGCCGCAGACGGGUCGUCUACUGGCCAAGUCGUCGUCGGUCAGGGAAACGCAUCACGUCGCCGAAGGGUCGACAGGUGGUUCCGUGGUGCAGUUCUGUCCGACAAACGGCGAAAACUCGUUCGUGUGACCGGACACCCACGCGCAGCCGUCACGGGCUGAGAUUCGAGACGAGAAGACGACGACGACCUACCUUUGCAGUGCAGCCUGUGCAGAUGUACAUAAUACAUAGGACUCGUAGACUGUACAACGCACCGCCGAUAACUACACAAUUAUUACACAUUGAUUUGUCUAUGACAUUUUAACUGUGGACGUUUGGCGACGGGGUCGAAACAAUUGUUUUUUUUUUUUCACAAAAUCAACGAUCACGUAAUCGUUGUCCAAACUUGCGCACAACAAUGAAAACGCUAUAUAGAUGUUUAAUAAUCAAUCAAACCGAAAGUAUAAUAAUGAUAAUAAUAAUAACAAUAAUAACUAAAUAAUGAAACAGUCAGACGCACACAAUAUUAUAUUAUUAUAACGAGUAUUAUACUGGUAACGCGCGAAAUAAAAAACGAAUGUAUAGAAUGACCGGAAAAAAUGAGAAACGUUGAGGUUUUAGAACUUUCCGAGGCGAUCACCUGAGUGUUCCGCAACGCCUGACCCGCCGUUUGUCGAAUAAGCCUCGGCAUUGACCGUCACAUAAUUAUUAUAAUUAUCCCAUUUCUAAUAAUAACCGUAUUAUUUCAUCGGUUUUCAACCUCUAAUUUAUUAAUUAAUUUUUUUUAUGUAACAAUUUAGCGUUUUGAUAUAGGUAUAGCUAUAGAUAAGUUUUCUACGAAAUUAUAUAAUUUUUAGUAUUUUUUGUUCGCCCGUGAAAUCAUGCAGAAAACAGAUUACCUCAAAUUAUUAUUUCUUUCUGGACUUCACCCGUUUAAAAUUAUUCACCAGCUGACUCGGUUUUAUCGUCAAUACGACCAAAAGUGUAUACUUAUAUUGAUAUUACAUAAUAUACGAUAUACGUAUUUCCAGUACUCGGAAUUAAAUAAAAGUACAGCAUGAAGCGCCGUUUAACAAAUAUAUUUCUCGGUAAUAUUAUUCCUACUAUUUAUGUACGUUCGUUUUUCGUGAUACUUUUCAAAUGAGACGAAAGGUACCUAAAUAUUAUUGUAAUUUUGAUUUCCUCAUUCGAAUUCGAUUGGAUCUCAUAAUUCUAUGUUAUACAUUUAUCGUAUUCACUCAGAAUGUUGUUCGCAGUACAUUAUAUUAGUUUACAAACUUCAUCAGUUAGGAAUUUCUCGGCUCCGGAAACGGCUUCGGCGUAAUAUAUUAUUAUUAUCAUCAUUAUACAUACUACAACGGCGCGCCAUAGUCCUGAAAUAGAAUUAGAACGGACAUUCCCAACACUAAUUUCGACGCGCCAGAUCUCGACCAAAUCUGAAUAAAUUUCAUAUGAAAGGUUCUCAAUCACAUAGCGGUAGAAUCUACCUAUAUUAUAAUAUAAUACGUCUUUUGGGCUACCGGCUGCAAUGACUUAUCUCGAUUAUCAUUAUUUUAUAAUAUAUUGAUAUAGGUAGGGACUAUGCAGAUAUUAUGCCGCGUGUUCGCCGUUAUUAAUUUCCGUAUUAUACGAUUUAUUUUAUAGUUUUAUACGUGAUGCAAUCGAGCACUGACAAUGUGACUGUUGAAUUGCUCCAAUUAUAAAAUGAAAAGACAAAAAUAGUUAAUGUUUCAAAUUCGUCGUAACUCGCAACUGUAUGCGGUGUUAACGGCGAUAACGAUGACGACAAGCAAUACAAGAGAAAAACACUUUGUAUAUCAUAUUUAUAUACGUUUGCCUUGGAACUUAGCCGCGACGUUAUAUUUUAAUGUUAUGUCCGAUAAUUUGUAAAAAAAAAAAAAAAUGCACUGUGACGAUCCAAAUGAAAAUCCGAGCUGUUGUGCAGUAACUUACACCAUAAAUAUUAUAUUGAAUAAAUAAACAUUAUAUAUUAUAUAUAUUUAUAUACAAUAUCAUUGAAAUAUGUAUCCCACUGCCUUCGUAGUAUUUAUUUAUUGUUAAAUAAUAUGUUAUUAUUAUGCAUUAGUGUUAUUUCGUUUUAUGUUAUUAUAAUAAUGUAUACAAAUUAUACGUUCCCGCUCAAAAAUGUAUAUUCGUAUAAAUGGUUGAAAACUCAGCCUCGAGAUCUCAUUACGAACACGUAUAACGCACAACAAAAACAACAAUAAUAAUAAUAAUUAAUAUUUUAAGUAAGUUGUAACUUAUAAAACUAUAAUGAAUUAUUUUGUACAUGCCAAUAGUCUAUAGUACCUACCGUAAUAAUAGUGGUCCUAUCACGGGCGUUUCGCCAUCGCUCCAGUGGGAUACGGUCAUAAUAAUAUUAUCAUUGUUAUAGUUAUUGUUUUUACCUGUAUUAUUAUUAGAUUUUAUUGUUUCAUAUUAUUAUCAUUAAUGUUGACGAUGGAUUUGUUAAUCGUAUCCUAGCGAUAGAAAUCGUAGUUAUUAUCAACACGACAAAUGUGUAAAUCGUAACAAUAUUUAGUGUACGAUUUAAAUUACAAAAUCACGCGAGUGUUAAUAAUAGAAACAGCAAUAUUAGACAAUAAUAAUAAUAAAAAAAAGUGUAUUGUUAAUAUUAUUUUAUACGUAAUAAUUAAAUUAUAUUAUAUUAGUUGGACUUACUGCUUAUAUUAUACGCGAGACGCCGCCUUCAGAAGCACAUAUUUGUAUUGUAUAAAGAUAUAUAUUCAUAUAGGUAA